AUGGUGGAGGUUAAGAGGAUCAGCGAUAGACUGAUGACGAUUAAGUUGGUUAUUGAGGGGUUUUCGUUGUAUGUGUAUAGUAUUUAUGCACUGCAAGUAGGUUUGGAAGAGGAGGUGAAAGUGAGAUUCUGGGAGGCAUUGGACGAGGUGGUGAUAAGCGUGCCUAGCUCAGAAAAGAUUGUCAUUGCGGGAGACUUUAAUGGGCAUAUUGGGGAUCUUCCGAGAAGUUAUAAUGAUGUGCAUAGAGGUUUUGGUUUUGGUGAUAGAAAUGGCAAGGAAUCUGCUCUGCUGAAUUUUGCAAGGGCUUUUGGACUGGUGGAGGUGAAUUCAAGCUUUCCAAAGUAG